AUGAGAAAUUCUAAAAGACGUUUAAUGGUUAACGAGUUCACUUAUGAGAAUAUCUGGCCUAAAAUAUCAAGUUUUAUUCAAAAUGCUCUACAAGUCGAGUUACAAAUUAAAAGGCCUUUACGCACAUACUCACAUGAAGAGCUAUACAGAAAUAUAUAUUGGAUUUGUUGGCAAGGUUUUCAAGAAAGAUUAUAUAAAGAUUUGAAAUCAGUAAUUGAAGAUACAUUAGAGUUUUUGAAUAAUCAGUUAAUUGGCUAUAAACAAUUAGAUGAUAAAUGGUUUCAAAAAUUUGCUGAAAUAUCUAUAAAUUACGCGAGAGCUGUUGAAAUAUUAAGUAGCAUGUUUAGUCAUUUGAACAAAUCCUUUGUACAAUCUACACUUCAUGAAAAUCUGAAAGAUAUAUUAGUAGAUAGAUUUCAAUGUAUCAUCAUACAAAAAUCUGAAAGACAUAUUAUUCUAGUGUUUAGUAUGAUAAUCAAUGAUCUUGAAUUAUUUGAUUUAAAUAUAGUCAAGGAAGUUUUAAGCACUUUAUAUAAUAUGAAUCCUGAUCAUUCUCAGUAUUGA